UGCGCUCGCUCGUAACGCACAGCAGUGAGCCAUAGUCCUGGCGCGCAGCACUUUUUUGGGUCAGGGAUGCUCCGCGCAGACAAAGGAAGGAGGUUUCCGUGUUGUGGGUGGUAAUUAUCCUUCAGACUAGAGGACAGAAAAGUUGCAGCUUCAAACACACACACACACACACACUGCCACAUCACACACCGCCGUUGUCAAGCGGCUUACUGCACUCCGACAUGCUUUUAGGACUUUCGGUGCUGUUUCUUUCCCUGACGAAAAGUUGUUGGUGCGCCCCGCAGCAGACAUGUCAUCCAGAAGACGAGCUAGAAAGUUGCAGCAACACUGUGGCUGUGGCUGAAGAAAAACCUACCUGUACAGAGCUGAACCUGGGCUACUGUAAUGAUAUGGAAUACUCUAGAACCAUAUUCCCCAACAUCCUUGGCCACCGGAGUCGUAUGGAAGCAGAGUCAGGAGCAGAGUACCUCCUCCUGAGUGUCAUCCAUGGCCUGCUGAAUGGGGAGUGCUCCCCUGAGAUACGUCUUGUAGGCUGCUCGGUACUCGCCUCACCCUGCAAGGAUGACAAGAUGAUCAAACCCUGCCGCAGCACAUGCGAGGCACUGAGGAAGGACUGUAUCCAUUCCUUUGAGGCCAUAGAAAUGGCCUGGCCCUACUUUCUAGAUUGUGACCGCUUCUUUGCCAGCGAUCAAGAAGGCUGCUUUGACCCCCUGGUAGGGCUAAAAGCCAGACAGGAGCUAGCAAUGUCCAGCCUUUCUGCUGAAGAACCAGGCACCAUCAUCCAGUUCACCUACACCUCCAACGCCCAGAUGUACAGUUUACUGAAGAGAACAGCAGCCAAGUGCUCACAUAUCUCUAAUGUCUACAGCAUCGGACGCAGCACAGAAGGCAGGGAUCUGCUGGCUAUUGAGUUCACAGACAACCCAGGACAGCAUGAAGUAUUGGAACCAGAGAUCAAGCUGGUGGGCAACAUGCACGGCAAUGAGGUGCUGGGUCGCCAGUUGCUCAUCUACCUGGUCCAGUACCUGUGUUCAGAGUACAUUCUGGGGAACCAGCGAAUUCAGGCGCUUAUCAACACCACCCGCAUCCAUAUUCUGGCCUCCAUGAAUCCAGAUGGCUAUGAGUUAGCCGCCUCAGAGGUAGAGGAUCGCAAUGAUCCGGAGCUCAGCAACCAGGAAGGUCACUUGUUAAAUGGGUGGACCAAUGGACGGACUAAUGCCCAGAAUAUUGACCUCAACCGAAAUUUUCCGGACCUGACCUCUGUUUUUUACCGGAACCGCCGCAGCAGGCACUACCGCAUUGAUCACAUCCCAAUCCCAGAUGCCUACUGGUUUGGCAAGGUGGCACCAGAGACCUAUGCAGUGAUGAAGUGGAUCAGAUCACUGCCCUUCGUUCAGUCUGCCAGCCUCCACGGUGGGGAGCUGGUGAUCUCCUAUCCCUUCGACUACUCUAGAGAUGUGCACGAAGAGAGGAUGUUCUCACCCACUCCCGAUGAGCAGGCCUUUAAGCAGCUGGCACGUACCUAUGCAGAUGCCCAUGAAACAAUGUCAAACAAUGACACAGACAGGUGUGGAGCCUCCUUUUACCGAACUAGGGGCAUCAUCAAUGGCGCAAUGUGGUACAGUUUUGCUGGUGGUAUGUCAGACUUCAACUACUUGCACACUAAUUGUCUGGAAAUCACUGUGGAGCUUGGCUGUGACAAAUUCCCCUCAGAGGCUGAGCUUUACCCAGAAUGGAAGAGGAAUAAGGAAGCUCUGCUCAGUUUCAUGGAGUCUGUACAUCGAGGGAUAAAGGGAGUCGUUAAAGAUACUGAUGGAAAUGGGAUAAAAGGAGCAAGUGUCUCUGUCAGGGGGAUUAGGAAAGAUAUCACCACAGCUGAAGAUGGAGACUACUGGCGGCUGCUAAACCCUGGUACUCACAUCCUGACAGCCACAGCCAAGGGUUUCUCCAGGGUCAGUAAGAGGGUUCAUUUGCCUCACAACAUGAACAAGGCUGGACGUGUCGACUUUAUCUUGGAGAAGGUUCCCGUGGAGCCAGAUAUUGACGACCACCUUUUCCCCACAGUCGACACAUGGGAUCGAUUCGACCCCUACAAUCAGUUUGAGCGCUACAGCGAGCCAGUUGUAGAUGAGGCAGGGAUAGAGCGGCAGGAGAAACCAUGGUGGUGGAACUACUUCUCCCAAUCUGGCAUCUCACCUCCACACUGGCUGUUGCGAAAUGUCUAGACGCAUUACAUGACAAUAAAGAUCCCAACAUACCACUGGUAGACUGGUGAUGGAUGCUCCUACAUCCAGUCCCACCAAGUGCUGUCAGAGGCAACUACGUGGCAGGAGCUGUGACCCUGAAAUCAGCUGUACCUAAAUAGAUUUCAUUGCUUCCUGGAAGGAUGUGAAUAGGCUUUUUCCUACAAAUUUAAUUAUGGCCUAUAAGUGGCGUUUCGACCAAUAUUGCUUUGCAGCUGCACUUGUUUUAAGUAAAAAAAAAAAACUAGUGCAAGGUAAAUGGGUUAUGGAUGCCCCGAUGGUCCAAUUUUUAAAGAUUUUUUACAAUCAAAAAUAAUAAUAUGCACUUAUUUGAAUAUUGUGAUUACAGAUUAUAAUUUCAUGUGAUGGCAGCUGCAUAAAAUGUCAUUGUGCACAUUUUAAAAAAUUGAGUUGGGUACAAAAUUUUAUGCAGAUUUUUUAUUUUUUUAUUUUUACAUUCCGCAGGUGAUAUCUCUGUGUGUUUCAGCCACAUUUUAUACGUUAUACAAAGCUUCAGUGCUUCAGUCAAAAUGUUUUGGACCUGCAACAGCUCAUUCUAGCUCAUUCAGCUCAGCUCAUUUAGCAGUGUGUCAAUUGUGAACAGUAGAAAUACUUGCUUUGUUUUCACAAAUAUGAAAAAAAAAUUAAACAUGUGUGGCAUAUCUCCUUCCAUUUAGAAAUGAAGUAAUAUAUUAUUAGUUUUAAAUACGCCUAGCUUUCAGCUCUAACCCUAUUAUAUUGUAACCUUUGAUCACCAGAGGGCGCCAGAGAUUUAUGUAAUGACUGUAUGCCAAAUUCAUUAAAGUCAG